UUGAUUAUGAUGGCUUUAGCAGCCAUCAGAACUGCUAUUGACCUAUUGACAGGUAGGACCCGCGAGGAAAUUACCUGUCGCAGAGAGACUGCUCGGGCAAAUGCCACAGUCGUGCUUUUCCUUCCUACAGUGAGCAGGCAGCGCUUUUUACUGAAUGGGAGCAUCAUGUGAAACUUGAGGCGUCUGGCGUAAGGAUUUCUGUUUGGACGCCGCACGUACUCUGGCUGCAGCAGGACGCAGCGAAAGGGACAUUUCAUUCCUGUGGUGUCUGUCUUCAGUGUAGGGUUUUUUGUUUUGUUUGUUUGUUUGUGUGUGUGUGAUUGCGUUUUGCUUUGAAUCAGCACAUAGAGUGAUGUGUACAUGGAGGACAUAAUUCGGGACGUUGUUUGGUUUAUAUUGGUGAGAUAUGGAGACCGGACGCGCUCUGGAUGGACGCUGCGCGGUGAAGUUUGCGUGGAAGCGCAAUUUCCUAGCAGCCACUGAAUCCAGUCUGGGAUAUCUAAAUGGAAGAAUGUUGCCUGUGGGAUGGUCGACAACAGAGAUCUUGUGCUAUUUAUCCCAGAGCAGAUGUAGCAGGACUCUUCAGUAUGACAUAGACCUCAGUCCCCCCGCCCCCGCCUACACAUCUUCAGGGAUGGAUCUCGUCAACUUCACGACUGUCAUCGACAAUGGCUUCUUAGACGAGAUGCCAUCCAGCCGCGUGCUGACCGGCUGCUUCCUCUCGCUGCUCAUCCUCACCACGCUGCUGGGGAACACACUGGUUUGUGCUGCCGUCACCAAGUUUCGUCACCUGCGCUCCAAAGUCACCAACUUCUUCGUGAUCUCGUUGGCCGUGAGCGACCUCUUGGUGGCCAUCUUGGUGAUGCCGUGGAAGGCGGUGACGGAGAUCGCAGGCUUCUGGCCGUUUGGCUCCUUCUGCGACACCUGGGUGGCUUUUGACAUCAUGUGCUCGACCGCGUCCAUUUUGAACCUUUGUGUGAUAAGCCUGGACCGCUACUGGGCCAUCUCCAGCCCCUUUCGCUACGAGAGGAAGAUGACACCCAAAGUGGCCUACGUUAUGAUCAGCGUGGCCUGGACGUUAUCUGUCCUCAUUUCUUUUAUCCCUGUGCAGCUCAACUGGCACAAAGCCCAGGGUAAACCUUACAAGCCGCUCACUGAGGCUUUAGUGUCACUGGGAUCAAACACUACAUCCCUCCGCACUUCUGAAAAUUGUGACUCCAGCCUGAACAGGACCUACGCCAUCUCCACCUCACUCAUAAGCUUCUAUAUCCCCGUUGCCAUCAUGGUUGCCACAUACACACAGAUUUACCGCAUUGCUCACAGACAAAUCAGAAGGAUCUCUGCCCUGGAGCGUGCUGCAGAGAGUGCCAAGAACAGACACAACAGUGUGGGCCGAGGGUCCAGCAUCGCGGAGUCCGAGAGCUCUUUCAAAAUGACGUUCAAGAGGGAGACAAAAGUGCUGAAGACACUGUCGGUGAUAAUGGGGGUGUUUGUGUGCUGCUGGCUGCCAUUUUUCAUCCUGAACUGCAUGGUACCCUUCUGUGAGCAGUCAAGCGGAGAGGCCUUCACUUGCAUAAGUCCUACCACCUUUGACGUAUUUGUGUGGUUCGGCUGGGCUAACUCCUCCCUCAACCCCAUCAUCUAUGCCUUCAAUGCCGAUUUCCGCAAGGCCUUCUCCAUCCUGCUGGGCUGCCACAGACUGUAUCCAGGAGGCCACAACGUAGAGACGGCCAGUCUAAAUAAGAAGUGACUCAUGACUCUCCCUCACUGACUCAUCCCUUUAUUCUAGGAGUCCAGGAGCUUAAUGUGCAUCCGGACUGGCUGAGAAGAGGACGCUGCUGUCUGCACUUCUGAGCUAACGCUUCGUGUGACUGAAUGGUACAGUGACACUGUGUGCACAUGUUUGCAUCGGGUGAGUGUGACCCUGCUGUGUUUUCUGUGGCUGUUACACAACCUUCCGAAGUGAGAAUCGUGUCUGGAAGCAGAGUGGAUUUUGGGAUUGAGAUUAAGAUGGUGCUGGUUGUGCCAGGGGUCUGAGCGUGUACCGAUUCUGACAUGGCUCCAGGACGGAUAAUCCACAGAAUCGGGCAGCAUGCACUGUGUCAGACACUGCUGUCCUCCUUGACAUCGCACUCUACAGUACACGGCGUCAAGGCAUCCUCCGCUGAAUAAAGCGCAAUUGCUGCACAACUCGUGCACUUUACCAAAUCACAUGACAGCUCACAGAUCUACUGUUACACAAGAUUAAAAUUGUCUGCAAAGAGUGAGGUCAUGCAUCUAACCAAAUCACGUUUGGUGUAGGUGCAGGAACACAACACACCCAAAAGUGACUUAAUAUUACAGACAGAAUGCAAAACAGAGUGGAUGAGAUGCAUUUAUGAUUUCUGUGACGGCUCUUUAAAGGGAAACUGUGGUCCUAAUUUCUUUUGAAAGUUACAUUAAGUUGUGAUGAUGUACUCUAGGCUAGUAGGACCUUCCUUUACCUCGGCCAGUUGUUGGAUUGUUAUAAAUAGAUAUCAUAUUAAUUCAUAACAUGUUAAAGCUUGAAGUGAACGUGAACCAAAAAUGGCCUUGUGGCUGGACAAUUUCUAACUUAAUCAAUCAGUCUUUUUCAAAUCGGUGAUACUACAUACCAGCACUUGAAGGUCUCUGUACUGAUAACACUCUUCAAAGUAGAAACUACUACUGUAGGAAAUAGAGUCAAGACUAACUCCAAUUUGUCUGUUUUCUCUAUUAGUACGAUGUUUAAAACUACUGAAAAUUUUGCUUUCCCAAAUCUGAGAUUUAUCUGUUUUAUGUGAGCAGAACUUUGUCUAUUAUCAGAAAAGCUGAACAAUGUCCUACAAAAUUGCUGUUUUAUAAUUUGUCUGUUUCUGCAUCUGUCUUUCAUGCUGGAAUUAGAAAUGUUGGCCGGCUUGGACAAAUCUCAGACGGGUAGCCUCUUCCUGUGACGUUGUUUUGCUGCUACUAGUACUGAUGAGAGACACAAGCUGGAUGGAAUAAUGGAUUGAAACUUUUCAAGAUUACCUCAGAUCAUCUCUAAAUGAUUGAAACUUUGACAAAAUUGGAUGUUAAACAGACCAGUAAGCCUAAGAACACAUCCAAACUGGUUUUGGAAUGGAUGAAACAGAUCUAGCAAUCUUCUGGUCUUCCAAAGACCCAGAGCUAAGAGUAAGAAUAUUCAUGCCAGAAAGUCAACAUAUUAAAAUGAACUCUACCAAAACGAGUGGAUUAGAAAAAAAAGAAGAAAUGUGUGCUUAUUUGGUUUAACUAUUCCUCCCUCUCAAAAAUUAUACAUUUACAAAUUGUAAAAAUGAGCAUGUCUCUAUUUGUAAAAGGGAAUAAAAAGCAUGGAAUUAGGAGAAAGAUUUUCUGUCUGACAUCUAAAAUCAUGCCUUGUAGUUCAAAAUAUGACUUUAAAUUCUGUACAUUUGCAAACUGAGUGUUAAUGGAUUCGGAGUUGCACAUUGAAACCGGUUUUAAUGUAUUAUGCAGUGUUGGUUGUUUUCUAGCUUUACUUUUCGGUUUAGAUUUGGAAGGAGUUCAUUCUAGUCCUGUAACAAAGAUAAAGACGUUUCACAUUUCUCCCAAGUGUCUCUUUGCAUUAGAGCCCAAGCAGAUGUUUAGUGAAUUUGUUGAUUUUUCAUCAGAUCCACUGUGUCGUGUGUUUUUUGACUGUUCUGCUUUGAACCCUUUACAUCAAAAGCCCUGGGGCUAACUUCACAUCAGCGCGCGAGGAAUAAAACCUAAUGGGAUCAGCUGUGUUUCAUAUCUACCAUCUCAUAUAAUUCUGGUGUUCUUGUGUCUGUUGAAUCUGGCGAUGUAUUGCCAUCAUUAGCAAAGUGAAGUGCCCCAUCUGGUCCUGUGAACAGCUGGCAAUAAUAAAGCGGUGCAACUACUGUGGCACCUCUGGAUCUGUUGGCUGUGUGUGAUUUUAUUGUUCCAUUAAUACUUCACUCACAUUUUAAAAAAAUAUAUGACGGCUAAGCCUGGAUUUUAGACUGUGGACGGUCCCUUCU